AUGAUUGUCUCCCACCUUCUGCAUCUGUUUGUCCUGGUAGCAGUCCAGGUGUCUGCCGUCCCUACUGCUGUCCUUGAAGGGCGGGCCAAAGUCGCCACCGCGACCAUCAGCGCCCCAUCGGCCACGCUCCUGGGCAACGUCAACAAUGGUGUUGAGCAGUUUGGCGGGGUCCCUUUUGCAGAGGGGAAUCAGAGAUUGCAGCGGCCCAAGAGAUUGACGUCGCCGCUUGGCACAGUCGACGCUACGGGCCCUGCAGGGGCGUGCCCACAGAUGAUUGCGACUACGGAUGACAAGGACUUUCUCCAAAACCUUCUUGGCAGCAUUGCUAACCUCCCAUUUGUCCAAGAUGCUACCGGACAGAGUGAGGACUGCCUCUCUAUUACGGUGGCCCGCCCUGAGGGGACGAAGGCGGGUGAUAAUCUCCCGGUCCUAUUCUGGAUCUUUGGCGGAGGCUUUCAGCUGGGAUGGUCUUCCAUGUACGACGGCGAAGGUCUAGUCAACUACGCCAAGAGCAUCGGUAAACCCAUCGUCUUUGUGGCAGUCAACUACCGAGUCGCUGGCUACGGCUUCCUGGCAGGCAAGGAGGUCAAGGCUGCCGGCGUGGGCAAUCUCGGUCUGCUCGACCAGCGCAUGGGCCUCGAGUGGGUAGCUGACAAUAUUGCGGCAUUUGGCGGCGACCCAGAAAAGGUCACCAUCUGGGGCGAAUCGGCCGGCGCCAUCUCCGUCUAUGCCCAAAUGGCGCUGUACGAUGGAGAUCACACCUACAAGGGCAAGCCGCUCUUCAGGGGUGCCAUAAUGAACUCGGGCAGCGUUGUCCCGGUGGAACCCAUCGACGGGAGGAAGGGACAGGCUGUGUAUGAUCAGGUGGUCAAGGCGGGAGGAUGCUCAGGCAAGGCGGACACACUGAACUGCCUGCGAGGUCUCAGUUAUACGGCCUUCCUGAAUGCUGUGACUUCGGUGCCUGGCAUCUUGUCUUACAACUCUCUUGCGCUGUCUUACCUUCCACGGCCAGAUGGAGACAGUCUCACGGACUCCCCUGACGCGCUGGUCGCUGCUGGCAAGUAUGCGGCCGUCCCCAUGAUCAUUGGUGACCAGGAGGACGAGGGCACGCUGUUCGCGCUCUUCCAGUCGAACCUCACCACCAAUGACCGCCUCGUGAACUACCUCAAGAGCUACUUCUUCGACGGCGCCACUACGGCCCAGCUGAACGACCUUGUCAACGCCUACGGCAAUGGCCUGACCGCCGUCAUCGAGGGCAGCCCAUUCAACUCGGGGCUGCUCAACGAAAUCUUCAUCGGCUUCAAGCGCCGUGCCGCCAUCAUGGGCGACCUCGUGUUCACGCUCGCCCGCCGCGUCUUCCUCGCGACGGCCAACAGCGCAAAUCCCAAUGUGCCAUCCUGGUCCUACCUGGCCUCCUACGACCAGGGCACGCCCAUCCUCGGCACCCUCCACGGCUCCGACCUGAUCCAGGUCUUCUUCGGCAUCAAGGACAACUACGCCGCCAAGGGGAUCCGCGCGUACUACAUCAACUUCGUGUACUCGCUCGAUCCCAACGAGGGGAGGGGGUCGUACCCGGAGUGGCCCCGCUGGUCGGAGACGAACAAGCUCCUCCACUUCUUCGCAAACAAGUUCGAGCAGCUGGAUGACAAUUUCCGCAGCGCCGGGUACAACUGGCUGGUGAAGAACAUCAACUCCCUGCGGUACUAA